GAUAUUUCUUGCAUGUAAAAUCAAAAACCAAACCAAUUAUACAAUUCUCACAAAAUGGGUAUCCAUAGAGUUACUAGUGUUGUUUUCUUUGCUUUAUUGGGUUUAGUAAUUGGUACUUGUGCCUCUAGAGCUCUAUUUGAUACUGAAGAAGCUCUUACUGAUAAACAUGCCCUAGGCCUUGGUGUUGGUGUUGAUGUUGGUAUCUCUGGCGGUAUAACUGGUGGUGCUGCUGGAUAUGGAGGCGGAAGUGGCGGUGGAGAAGGUGGAGGAGCAGGCUAUGGAGCUGCUAUUGGACAUGGAGGAGGCGGCGGCUUUGGAAAUGGUGGAGGCGGUGGUGGUGGUGGUGAUGCUGCUGGGGGAAGCGGAAGUGGAGCUGGCGAAGGAGGUGGUAAAGGAUAUGGUUCUGGUGGAGUUAAUGGUGGUGGCGGUGGUGGAGGUAGUGGUGGAGGAGGUGGUAGUGGUGCUGGACAUGGUGGUGGAGAGCAGGGUUAUGGUGGCAGUGGAUCAGCUGGUGGUGGCGGACAUGGUAGUGGGGCUGGAGAAGGAGGAGGUGGAGGUUAUGGUGGUGGUGGAGCUAGUGGUGGCGGUGGUGGUGGAGGUGGAGGUAAUGGUGGUGGUGGUGGUGGCGGUGGUGGUAGUGCAGGACAUGGGGGAGAGCAGGGUGCCGGUUAUGGAGGUGGUGCAGGUGGAGGCUCUGGUGCUGGGUAUGGUGCCGGAGGAGCUGCAGGACACGGAGGAGGAGGUGGUGGUGGAAGCGGUGGAGGAGGUGGAGGUGGAGCAGGUUCUGGUGCUGGAGGAGCACAUGGAGGUGGCUACGGUGGGGGUGAAGGUGCAGGUGGAGGCUCGGGAUAUGGUGGUGGUGCAGGUGGGCAUGGUGGAGGUGGAGGUGGUGGGGGUGGAUCUGGUGGUGGCGGUGGCGGUGGGUAUGGUGCUGCUGGUGGUGGUGGUGGACAAGGGAGUGGCUAUGGAGAAGGUGUUGGUCAUGGUGGUGGAUAUGCCCCUUGAAUAAUAUAAGGGCAUUGUGUUCAUGAAGAUCAAACUUGUAGUUUAACCAGUGACCACCAGGAUCACUCUUACAUUUGAAUAAUUAUUACAAAAUAUAAUAAUUAUUUGGUAAGAAUAUAUUAAGAUCGCUGGUGAUGUUAUAUCAUGUGUUUGGAAGUAAAUUUUAAAUUAUAACAAAGAAUAAUGCAUGAGUAUAUACAUGCAUGUUUUUGUACCACGUAAGUUGUAAUAUAUAUUUAUAUAUAUAAUUGUGCUAUAAUUUUCCUAGCUA